AUGUGCACACCCGUGCAGCAUUCCCGUGUGAUGGGGUACCUGGAUGUGCACACCCGUGCAGCAUUCCCGUGUGUCGGGGUACCUGGAUGUGCACACCCGUGCAGCAUUCCCGUGUGUCGGGGUACCUGGAUGUGCACACCCGUGCAGCAUUCCCGUGUGAUGGGGUACCUGGAUGUGCACACCCGCCCCUCUCCGUGCCCCAUGGAGGCCUUGCUGAGGAGCUGCCGUGUCCCGGCGCUGGGCGCCCGGCAGUGUGGGAUCAGGGCCCGGCACGGCGGCCCCCCGGGCAGGCCCAGGCGCCUGCGGCUCUCGCAGCUCUUCCAGCCGCUGGCCCUGCCCGUGGGCGGCCAGGUGAGCUCCGAGGCCCGGCCCGGGGAGCCCACCUGCCGCAGCCAGCGGCUGAUGCUGCAGGCGGGGCUCAUCCAUCCCACCAGCCCCGGCUGCUACUGCUACCUGCCGCCCACCGUCCGCGCCAUGGAGAAGCUGAUCCAGCUGAUGGAUGAGGAGAUGCAGGCUGUGGGUGGGCAGAAGCUGAACCUGCCCAGCCUGUGCUCGGCGGAGCUGUGGCGCGCCAGCGGCCGCUGGGACCAGAUGGGGCCGGAGCUCUUCCGGCUGGUGGAUCGGCACGACCACGGCUACUGCUUGGGCCCCACGCACGAGGAGGUGGUGACGGCGCUGGUGGCCUCGCAGACCGGCCUGUCCUACAAGCAGCUCCCGCUGCGCCUCUACCAGGUCACCAGGAAGUUCCGGGACGAGCCCAAGCCCCGUUUCGGCUUGCUGCGCAGCCGGGAGUUCUACAUGAAGGACAUGUACACCUUCGACAGCUCCGAGGAGGCGGCUCGGCGCACCUACGAGCAGGUGUGUGCUGCCUACUGCAGCCUCUUCACCCGCCUGGGCCUGCCCUUCGUCAAGGUGCAGGCGGCCACGGGCAGCAUCGGUGGCAGCACAUCCCACGAGUUCCAGCUGCCGGCAGACAUCGGCGAGGACAGGCUGCUGCUGUGCCCUCAGGGCCAUUUCGCAGCCAACGUGGAGACGCUAAACCGGGAGCAAACCUCAUGCCCCACGUGCGGGGAGAAACUCACCGAGACCAAAGGCAUCGAGGUGGGGCACACGUUUUACCUGGGCACCAAGUACUCCUCCGUCGCCAAUGCUGUCUUCUCCUCCGCCGAGAACAAGCCCCAGCUGGCAGAAAUGGGCUGCUACGGCCUGGGCGUCACUCGCAUCCUGGCGGCCUCCAUCGAGGUGCUCUCCACCGAGGACAGCAUCCGCUGGCCCAGCCUCAUCGCGCCCUACCAGCUCUGCUUCAUCCCCCCCAAGAGGGGCAGCAAGGAGGAGGAGGAGGGAGCGGCGCUGCUGGAGCGGGUGUACGAUGAGCUGGAAGAAGCGCUGCCCCACCUCGCCGGUGACUCGGUGCUGGAUGACCGGAGCCAGCUGACCAUCGGCAAGAGGCUGAAGGAUGCCAAAAGGCUGGGCUAUCCCUACGUGGUGGUGGCUGGGAAGAGGGUCUGCGAGGACCCCCCGGUCUUUGAGGUUUGGAAUCAGAAUGCCAGCGAGGUUUUGUUCCUCACCAAAGAAGGUGUCAUAGAGCUGCUGAGUAAAGUCCAAGUCCCUUAAAUGCCUCCUCUGUGAAUCCGUCAUCUCUGCUGCAGUGAGUUCAUCUGGGCAGCCCUGGCGAUGGCUCUGGGUGAGCAGAGGCAAAUCCAGCUCACAUCAGAGCCAGCCACGGCGUCCUGCAGGUGUGCCAGGUGCUGAGGUUGAUCUGGAAUCAGCCCACAUUCCACCACAUGGUUGGGGACGUUCCUCCCUCUGGGUACAGCUCCCUGGAAGUUGCUUUUUCCAGCACUUAUAGCCUUGUGUGGCUGUGGGAGCACUGGCAGGGCCAACCUCUCACUGCCUGGCAGGGAUGGACUGGCCAAGGUCUCUGUCACAGGACAGCCAAGGUCUCUGUCAUAGGACAGCCAAAACUGCCCAGGGCGACAAGAGGGCUCCCCUCGCUGCCUCAAAGGAUUCUAAGAGAGACAAAGAAAGGUGACUUCCCUGUGUUUGCAUUUCCCUUCAGGAACACCCAGGUCCCAUGAAGGUGGAAGCUUGCCAUGGCAGGCCCAGGGCUCCUGUGAGGAACUGCUUGGUGCCAUCCCAGCAGCACUGAUGGGACGGGGAGCUGCUUGGAGAGGUCACCUCACCCUGUGCCACAGCUCCUCGGUCUGGGAUCUAGAAAUCAUGAGCUACACUGUAAUAAAAUCACAGAAUCGUUAGGUUGGAAAA